AUGGGGGACACCGGGAGUGUAUGUUUGAAUCAAACGAAGUACACGAUUAAGUCGAGUAUAUACACGGGAAGGUACUCCACAACGUAUUUAGUCGAGCAAAGUCACAAUGAGAGAUAUCCUCACCAAUUAGCUUGUAAAUUGUUUCGCCCCAACGAAGAAAAUAUAUUAGAACAGAUCACUGAAGAGAUCACAACUGUUUCAGAGUGCUCGAGAGUAAAUAAUAUCAUUCAAUUCUAUGGGUCUAACACUUCAAAUCCAGACUCGAUAUACUUCUUCACAGAAUACUUCCCACAUACACUCAAUUCAUUAUUUAAUCUCCCAAUACCAGAAGACUCGCUGUUUGAAAUCGUACAUGGGAUAGCUUGCGGAGUCGCUUAUUUACACGCACACUCGCCAGCAUUGGUCUACUUUAAUAUAGCAAAAGAACACAUUUUGUUCUCAAGUGACUUCACAGUCAAAUUAUGCGACUUUGGUAACACGCGCAAAGCAUCACAAUUUUAUUAUCGGCGCGACAACGACCACUUAAUCAUUCAAAGCGUCGUCGAACAAAUUGGAGACGCCAAUUACAUCGCGCCUGAAAUGGUAGCAAUCUACGACAAUGAACCAAUCAGUCGGAAAUGUGAUGUCUGGGCACUCGGGUGUUUACUCUUCGAGUUAGCCACGGGGGUUCCCCCCUUCUCUCUGCCUAUCACUUUAUCUCAAUUCAAAAAUUUCAGUUUAGAGAAGAAGACGAUGUCAAAGAAAAUGAAAACAGUCAUCAUAGAAAUGUUAACGUACGACCAGACAAAGCGGCCAAAUAUCUACAGUGUCCUCCAACUCAUCGCAAAGACAAUAGAGUUCAACAACCCCUUCGAGUCCCUCAUCGAACAAAAAGAUGACGACUUCUGUGAUGGGAAGAAACCAAUUAAAAACACUCCUACACAAUCUACAGGUGAAUUCUGGAAUUUGGUUGAUCGAAAAAUAGUCGAUUGUACUGUCGAGAAGAGCCUUCUUGACACUUACAAUGAUAUCUAA